GAAUUCGAUAGACGAUUAUUUCACCAAUUGGUAGUUUAAGUCGCUUGAAGAUAAGAAACUGCAAAAACGAUGAACAAAGCUCUCGCCCUUCUUCUCCUGGUUGGGGUUGCAAUGAUUCUGGAGUCUGAAGCUCUAAGAAUUAUCAAGCCCCAUCCUCCUAUACUGAGGCGCAGAUUUUUCCGUCGCCGCAUCAUUGUUCCUUGGAGACGCCGAAUUUUCAGGAGAAGGUUUUUCAGAAGGAGGAUUUUCAGAGGACGAGUUUACGACGAACGCCCUAUCGAUGACGAGGAAGGCGACCAAUUCGAAGACACAAAUAACUUCGAAGAUAUCAUGGACAAUCCCGAAGUGUUUAAUCACGACAUUGAUGAACAAGAUGUUGCUGAUCUUUUCCAGUAAAAGCGUCAAGGCCAAAGUACAACGAAGAUAACAUUUCAUAAAAAUUUGAUUAUAUUGAAAUGGGCAUUAAAUAAAAUUGAUCAUAUACGCAUA